AUGGGCUGGCUGGGGGGAGGCGCUCUUGUGGACAUUAUUAUCGCCGUCGCAAUGUAUAUCUUGGUGCAGCGAAAUGUUAGGCUGACAUAUGCGUUCCAGCUGCACAAGUCGCGGCGCGGUGAGAGAGAGAGGCAUAUCCUUCUCAAUCGUUUGAUCAAGCAUAUCGUGGGCAGCGGAAUAGUCACAGCCGGGGUUGCAUUACUAGUGCUCGUGCUUUAUAUUUACAGCUUCUACGCGCAUGCAGCGCUCGCGGACUGCCCAUAUGCGAACACUGUGCUUAUCAGCCUCAAUAAUCGUGACCUUGGACCUACACAGGACAGCGUCAGCUUCCAAGAGCCACCUUUGAAAACGGUUGGAGAACAGUUCUUGUGCUGCGCGCGGCAGUGGGGCGUCGCGGAGCUGGACGGGCGGGCGGUCGACAGGGAGGGGGAGCGGAAGACGUCCAAGUUCGUGCAGAAAGUCCUGGAGGUGAUGUUCUUCAUUAAGCCGUGCAGUUGCCAGCCCGUGUCAUGUUUGCCCGCGAACACUUGCGGCGGAGUCGACAGGUGCAUGGAAGCCACAUACCUCGAGUCGCCAGGAAGAUCCUCACUCACAGGAACAUCACCGGUCAACAUGGGAAACACCAACUCCAUAGCUGAGCAGGACGCAGAAGACGAUCUAAGGGAGCUACUUAUCGCUACGGGACUGCGUGAACCAACCGGGAGACCUUCACGGGAUCCUCAACCCUCAGACCAGGCGGCAGUACCAUGGGCAUCCAUGCCGCCCUAUGGUUAUGCCCCCGUCACCCAAAGCGCUAUGCUGCCGUACCAAAUGCCUAGCGCGUACCCGUCAUACUUUACGCCGCCUUCGAUCCUUCCCCCGCCAAGCUACCCCGCCAUAGGAUGGAAUGCACCGCCUCCCAUGCCAGAACAAGUCGAUGAUCCCGCCGAAACAGACGAGGAUGGUUUCGAUUCUGUUCCUGGUUCGCUGUUGAGCUUCCGAACUUGGCCGCCUGUGUCCUCUGGAGCUAGGCGCAGGCUACGCCCGACUUACAGAAUGAUGCGUGCUCUUGAACGUGGAGUCUACCCGGGAAAUGCCCUUGGGAUCUCACUUGAAGAUGGCACGAGCAUGCUCUCACAGUAUGCCUCCGACACCAGCGAGCUUUAUGCAGAGGACAUUCGAUACGGUAACAUGAAUCCACGCCCAGAGGUUGGGAGUCAGUCGAGUGCAGAAACCAUACGCGUGAUCCCAUCCACACCUCAACUUUCUUCUUCUUCGACACAGUUCUCCCCCGUCAUCCCACCCAGACCUCCACCAUCCUCGUCUGCAACAGCUUACACAUCCUUGUCCAUGCCAUCGUCACCGCAGGGUUCAGAAGCCGAAUCUAUGGCAUCACCAGCUGCAUCAUCGACGAUGACAGACCAGGAGUCACCGUCACCCGCCGGCCCUUUGCAUGCAAGCCUCACAGCGAUGACAGGAUUUGUCAUCGGCAAGCGUUUUCGAAAAAUGUUCCGGACACAACCCAGUGCGAAACCGACAAGCGAAAAUGAGGCCCUCCCGCAUAGAUCGACUUCUUCUUCAAAAAUGGAUCGCCAAAUUGGUAUAUGCCGCGGUCGCAAGAGCGAUAUCCUCGCCUUGGAUUCCUCGUGGGAUGAUGCCCGUCUGUUUGUCGAACUGGGAAAAUCGUAUGACAAGCUCCGUGCGUGGAGGAAGUGGCUCUCGUUGAGAGGCUUGAAGUCAAUCACUUUGGUGGUCGACGCCGACAUAGAAAAGAUCAUUUACCCAUACCGUGUUGGACCUACCAAAGUCACAGCGCACCGUAACAUGCGCCUCCGGUGGUACCUCGAGCAUCCAGAGAAGCUGAAAGACAAGGACGAAUUUGUGCGAAUCGUGACACAACACCCUGGGCUCGGCAUCGAGUUUGUGGAACGAUGGCAGCCAUCACGUAUUACAAUUGUCAUAGCUACCCUCGUGACUCUUUCUCUCGUCGUUGCGUUGGCAUACAGUGAGGUCACGGGAGAUAUCGUGACUGGAUUUACAGUCGCUGCGUAUGCCUUGUACUUGUCGGCGUAA